AGGUGAUUGCAGUUGAAUGUUGAAGUGAUUAUGAGCAGCGUAGUUUGAGCAUCUGUGAAGGAAAGUGUCACUUGAGGAUGGCGGAGGAAAUUCCUCUCAAGACACGCAUUGUCGGAUUUUCCGAAAACACGGAGUUCAUCGAUAAAGCGAAUGUCGAGGCUUUGGAUCAAGACGAUGACGACGAUGAAGUACAGCAAGAAGCUGAUGAGGGAUCAAACAUUUACCUGUGGGAUGCAGCUCAGAAGGUACCACCAAAGUCCGCGGAGGAAUCGGAGAUGCCGAAAUGGGUCGAGAAUGGGAUCAAAAUGAUGAAAAUCGGUGCUUACAUCAUAACAUUUCUGGUUGUGCUUGCUUCUGCCAGUAUUGGCAUGGGAACCUUCGUCUUCAUGACUGCUCAAUUGAAGAUUGAUCGAACAGUUAGCUAUUGCAACAAGAACUACGGAAGAGACAAAAACUUGGAGGUGAAGGCUACAGAAAUGGCGAGAAUUUCAUGGACUUGGAUGAUCUUUUUUGCAUUUGCGACUACCCAACUAUUUGUGUUCGGGCGAUCGCUACGAAUGUAUCUGUUCAAGAAAGUGAGCAUGCCGAAGUUAUUGCCGACAUUCGCUGCUGCAUUUGUCUUCGAAACGCUGCAUGUGCUUGGACUCGCAAUGUUGGCAUUUGUUGUUCUGCCGGAAUUGGACUCGAUCAAAGCUGCGAUGUUGACGAGUAGCGUUUGCUUUCUUCCAGGAUUGUUCAGCCUUCUUUCGAGAAACUUGACAGAUGCCAAAGGCACUGGCAAAAUUGGCGAAGAUGGAAAGCCAGUUGCCGGGAAAAGUGAUCAGCCCCUGGGCAUUAUCGGUUGCAUGUCUUUCACGACGAAAAUGUUGUUGGACGUGGCUGCCAUCGGUGGGCAGUUGACAGUCAUUUUUGCGUGGCCUUUUGUGUUGGAGCCGAAUUUGGGGAAUUGGAAAAUUUGGCUGAUUCCCGUCUCGGUGCUGCUCACUUCCUGUGGCUGGUGGGAGAAUUACUCGGAUUACAAUUCACACAUUCCCUUCAUGAAGAUUUUGGGGAAAGCGAAAAAUGAUUUGAUCGGAGCCCGGUACCCAACUUACGGUAUCAUUUCAAUCUGGAAGAUCGCGUUGUUCUUGGCAGCCAUGGUCUUGUACAUCCACUUCAUCAAUGGAGAAGAUGCCACCUUGUUGUUUGAUUCAAACCUUUUUGCAGAAAGCUUUGGUGCCUAUCCCAUCAACAUUACUGAGGUUAGCAAUUUUGAGAUAGGCUCUUUUGGCACGUCGUCGAUUGACAGUAUUGGACAAGCCUUGCAACCAAUGAUGCGGACAGCGGAUGCUGAAGCUGCACUUCAGGUGUUCUUGAUCCACGUGGCCGCUGGCUGGACUUGUUACAUCUUUUCUAAAUUCGCGUGCAAGGUGACAAUCACGGAGUUCUCGUUCGCUUUUCCGCUGAACAUGGCGAUGCCAGUUGUGAUCUGCACAAUGAUCAUAUUCUGUGCGUUGAGAAGCGACAAUGCUUGUUACUUCAGAGGAUCCGUGCCGGACUAUUUGUUUUUUGCGUGUCCGAGUGGCGAUUUUGUGGAGGAUUUCAUUUUGAGAGAGCAUGGCUGGAUUUGGUUGGUGUGGCUGUUGUCGCAAAUGUGGAUCACUGUUCAUACGUGGUCACCAAUGAACAAGAGGUUGAUGCCGACUGAACAGAUUUUCUGCUUGCCCAUGUACGAAUCUUUGCUUCUACCGCAAUCCAUGAUGCUAAAUCGGAGACGAGACGACGGAGAACCAAUCAAAAUCAAGAGCAAAAAGGAUAAGAAGAAAGAUGCGGAGGAGGGUGAAGAUCAGAAAGCGGAAGAGACGAGCCCACAAGCUGAAACGACGUUCAUUAGUGAUUUCGGAGUGUCUACAGUGUCCCAGAAACCACCAGGAACGUAUCCGAGGAUUGUAGCUUGUGCUACUAUGUGGCACGAGACCAAGGACGAGAUGAUCUCGUGUCUCAAGUCCAUCUUCAGGAUAGACAGUGACCAGCACGCCCGAAGGCUCACGUUGGAGUACUUUGGAGUCAAUGAUGACUACUACGAUUUCGAGACUCACAUAUUCAUUGACGAUGCUUACACAUUGGACGCGACGAGAACGAAAUCUGUGGUGAAUUCAUUCGUCAAGGACUUGAUCGAUGUGAUGCCGGUGGCUGCUGGAUUGAUUCACGGCACCGACAACCAGAAUGUCUUGAGUCCACCGAUCGUUUAUCCGACUCCCUAUGGUGGCAGACUGGUGUGGACGUUGCCUGGGAAAACGAAGGUCAUUUGCCAUGUGAAAAACAAGGACAAGAUCAGGCACAAGAAGCGAUGGAGUCAGUGCAUGUACAUGUACUACUUGCUCGGUUACCAAGUGUUCCAGAGGAGCGAUUUGAGUUUGGAAACCAAGGAGAACAUGGUGAACAAUACUUACUUACUGGCUCUGGACGGAGACAUCGAGUUCCAGCCUAGAGCUGUGUUACUUCUGGUGGAUUUGAUGAAGAAGAACAAGAAUUUGGGAGCAGCGUGUGGCAGGAUUCAUCCCAUCGGCACUGAUGGAGCUGGAGGCUUGUUGGUGUGGUACCAGCAAUUCGAGUAUGCAGUCGGUCAUUGGUUUCAGAAGGCUACUGAGCAUGUCAUUGGAUGCGUGCUUUGCAGUCCUGGUUGUUUCUCAAUGUUUCGCGGCGCCGCAUUGCUUAGUAAUAACGUGAUGAAAACCUACACCACGAAGUCUGAAGUUGCCCGUCACUUCGUUCAGUAUGAUCAAGGCGAAGACAGAUGGCUGUGCACGUUGAUGCUUCAACAAGGCUGGAAAGUCGAGUAUUCUGCUGCAAGCGAUUCUUAUACCCAUUGCCCCGAAGGAUUCAAUGAAUUCUACAAUCAGAGAAGACGAUGGGUUCCAUCAACCAUGGCUAACAUUUUGGACUUGCUAGCGGACUACAAGCAAACUGUCAAGAAUAAUGACAACAUUUCCAUGCCCUACAUCUUGUACCAGAUGCUGUUGAUGAUCGGAACAAUCCUGGGUCCUGGAACGAUUUUUAUGAUGAUGACUGGUGCUUUCAACGCAGCAUUCAAAAUUGAGAUAAUGGACGCAUUUUUGCUGAAUGGAGUACCUUUGUUGGCCUUCAUGUUGACCUGCUACUUCUUCGAUUCACAAUAUCAGUUGAUGUUUGCGCAGCUCCUGACAGCCGUGUAUGCAAUGGUCAUGAUGGCAGUGGUGGUGGGAACAGCUCUGCAGCUUCAGCAAGAAGGAGUGGAUUCGCCCUCGGGCAUUUUCUUCAUCUCAAUGGCGGCGUCUUUCGUGGUGACCGGGUUGCUGCACCCGCAGGAAUUGUACUGCUUGCCUUCUGGAAUCGUGUAUUACCUGACCGUGCCCAGCAUGUACCUGCUUCUGAUCAUCUAUUCCGUGUUCAAUUUGAAUAACAUGCUGUUGAUGAUCGGAACAAUCCUGGGUCCUGGAACGAUUUUUAUGAUGAUGACUGGUGCUUUCAACGCAGCAUUCAAAAUUGAGAUAAUGGACGCAUUUUUGCUGAAUGGAGUACCUUUGUUGGCCUUCAUGUUGACCUGCUACUUCUUCGAUUCACAAUAUCAGUUGAUGUUUGCGCAGCUCCUGACAGCCGUGUAUGCAAUGGUCAUGAUGGCAGUGGUGGUGGGAACAGCUUUACAGCUUCAGCAAGAAGGAGUGGAUUCGCCCUCGGGCAUUUUCUUCAUCUCAAUGGCGGCGUCUUUCGUGGUGACUGGGUUGCUGCACCCGCAGGAAUUGUACUGCUUGCCUUCUGGAAUCGUGUAUUACCUGACCGUGCCCAGCAUGUACCUGCUUCUGAUCAUCUAUUCCGUGUUCAAUUUGAAUAACGUUUCCUGGGGUACUCGAGAAGUCGCCAAAGUUCUGAGCAAAGAGGAGGAGCUGAAAUUGCAGAAAGAGGCGGCCGAAGAAGCGGCAAAAAAGGCGCAAAGCAAAGGAGUUCUCAAGUUCAUUGAGCAGUUCACCGGAGCGGAUUUGUCGGGCAUGUUCAGCACGGCGUCUGGAAGCACUUACGACGGUUUUAUUUCUUGCAUGUGUUGCGCUGGCGCGAAGCCGAGAGACCAGGAAGCUACACUCGUGGGAAUCAGCAAGAGCCUGGUCGACAUGACGAAACGCCUUGAAGGCAUCGAAAAGAAUAUAGAGCCAUCAGGAGGAAGUGUCAAAACGCCCAGACGAGGUAGUUCUUUCCGCCGGAAGUCAUCAUUCAAGAUGAGCGUGAUUUCUGAAAACUCGGAAGCUGAUGAGGAAACUCAGGAUGAGAAUCAGCCCUUGCUGAAGAGUGAAGAAGAGGACGACGAGCUGUACAGUGAUAGCGAGGAGGAAGAUGAUGUUCCGGAGCCGCCGAGAAAUGACUUGUUGAACCCGCAUUGGAUGGAUGAUAAGGACGUGAAAGUUUUCCAAAAAAGCUUUUUGCCGGGAGAGGAAAUUACUUUCUGGCAACAGUUGAUCAAGAAGUAUUUGGAACCUUUGGAUGAUGACAAGAAAGCCAAAGAAAAAAUUCAAGAAGACUUGCUGGACCUCCGUGACAAAGUCGUGGCGACAUUCUUCAUGUUCAACGCAAUAUUCGUCUUGGUCGUCAUGCUGCUGCAGAUGAACAAGGGAGCAUUGCACAUUGACUGGCCGCUGAAUGUGAAAACCAACAUCUCUUACUUCUACAAGGAGAACGAGGUCCUCAUCGAUCAAGAGUAUUUGGAACUGGAACCCGUGGGUUUGGUGUUUGUGUUCUUCUUCUUCCUCGUGCUGGUGACUCAGUUUAUUGCCAUGUUGUUUCAUCGGCUGACGACGUUGAUGCAUCUGAUUUCAACCUGCGACUUGGGCCUGUUGUUCAAGUGUGGCAAGGAAUCCCAAGAAAAAGAAACGCAAGAAGGAGAAGAAGACUUCAAGAAGCACGGACUAAAAAUUGUCAAGCUCCUUCAAAGAACCCAAGAAGAAGACAACGAAGCUGAGAAAGAUUUAAAGUUGAACCGUAGAAACACGGUCCACAAUCUGUCCAAAGCCCAACAGAGCAAAAAACGUCAAGGACCCAUCGACUUGGAUAAGCAGUUCAGGAACAGAUUCAUGUCAAUGGCCUUGCCUGGUGGAGAUGACGCACCUGAGGACUUUUCCAAGCGUAGGAGACAAACUAUUAAACAAUUGCAAACCAUCAUGGGCACUGCAAGUGAAGCAAAGGCAGAGAAAUUGGCGAGCGAAUUUGGCAAACGAAGAAAUACGGUCAUGUUUGCUAAAGAUGGAAUUUUGAGGAAAGGGUCCCAAAUGACGCCUAGCAAUAUCACCCGACCUCCUAGACCUGCGAGUGAUAAUUUUACAACCAGUGCAUUAGGAAGGAAUAGUGGUGCUCAGUUGCCAGGAAGAGGAAGCAUAAGUCGGCCAGAAACAAACAUGGAGUCGCAUCAAGCUGGACCUGGUGCUUCAUCUCGGACAACAGGCCGACCCUCGAGUUGGGGUUCUAAUGUUUCCUUUCGCCCAAGUGAUACAAUAGAAGAAGCAGGCGAUGGAGGAAUGUACUAAGCUUUUCGAAGAGCUAUUUUUUUAUGAAACAUUUCUUGCUUCAGAGAAUUGUCUGUAUACUGGGCGAAAUAAUCAUGUGUUGAAAUUGAAGAAUAAAUGGAUUUUAAGGAA